AUGGUUUUGCAUCUUCUUGUAAAGUUUCAGUGUUUCACCUUGUUACUGUGGCUGCAAUUAGCAUCUUCAGAAAUACUAACCACUGGUUCCCGAGUAUUACCCAAGCCUGAUUGCCCAGAUAAGUGCGGGAGUGUAAGCAUACCCUUCCCUUUUGGUGUUGGUGAUGGUUGUUUCAUAGACGAAUUGUUCGAAAUGAUAUGCACCGAUGGUAUCCUCACUUCUCCAAAGGCAAUGAAUCAGAUGUUUGAUAUCUCACAUAUAUCGGUACUCGAAGGAGAGAUGACAAUACAAGCUUACAUAGCCAGAGAUUGUUCUGGUUCGGAACUAUCUGAACAAUAUGAUAAUUUGGCAGGCCAUAUCGAAAAAUUCACCUUCUCUAGCACAAAAAACAAGUUUAUUGGUAUAGGUUGCGACACCUUGGCAUAUCUAGGACUGCCAGGUACUUCAUCUGUUGGUACGGGAUGUUUGUCAAUCUGUAGUAAAAUAGCAGAUACGCUUGAUGGGUCUUGCACUGGUGUCGGUUGUUGCCAGUCCUCUGUCCCAGCCGGACUGUCAACAGUUAUAGCCAUAGUUAAAAGCGUGUACAGUACCCGUACACCAUUGAGUUUCAAUCCAUGUAGUUAUGCUUUUGUAAUUGAAGAAAGUUCGUUUAAUUUUUCUCUGUCAUAUCUCCGUGAUUUCAAAAAUCAUGGAACUGAAACUGUACCUGUGGUGGUUGAUUGGACUGUUGGUAAUGAGGCUUGUCAUGAGGCUAAAAGAAAUUCAAUCAGAUAUGCAUGUGGAAACCACACUGACUGUAUAGAUGGAGGCAUUAAGUCACUAGGCUACCGCUGUAAUUGCACAAAAGGCUAUGCAGGGAAUCCAUAUCUUCAAAGUAGCACCAGUGGUGGUUGCAAAGAUAUUAAUGAAUGUGAAGAGUUUUGCUUGAAUGGUACUUGCAAAAAUACAGAUGGUAAUUACAGCUGUACUUCUUGCCACAAGGGAUAUCGCUUGAAUAGCUUUGGCUCGGAUUGCAUUCCUGAUGACAGUAAAAGUCAGCGUACGUUAUACAUGAUUGUUAUUGGGGCCUUCCUGGGCUUAUGUCUUCUACUUGUCGCUAGCUUUUGGUUGUAUUGGGGGUAUAGGAAAAGAAAGCACAUGAAAGUGAAAGAGGAGUUCUUUAAGCAAAAUGGUGGGUUGAUUUUAAGUCGACUCCUUGAUGAACGGGAAGACGAUAUCGAGAGCAGUAGAAAUGGAAAAGGAGAAAAGAAGCAUCGAUCAAUUGCAAAAAUAUACACAGAGAAGGAGCUGAGAAAGGCAACAAACAACUAUCAUGAAAGUCAAAUUCUUGGCCAAGGAGGUUUUGGCACGGUUUAUAAAGGAACCUUACCUGACGGAGAUGUGGUGGCGAUUAAGAAAACCAAAGUAAUGGAUAGGAGCCAAAAUGAGCAAUUCAUAAAUGAAAUUGCUGUCCUUUCACAGAUAAAUCACAAAAAUGUGGUUCAGCUGUUGGGUUGUUGUCUGGAGAGCGAAGUUCCUUUACUAGUUUAUGAAUUUAUUGCUAAUGGAACCCUUCACCAGCAUUUGCACGGAACGGGUUCUGCUGCUCUUUCAUGGGAAGAUCGUUUACGAAUAGCCUCCGAAGUUGCAGGAUCAUUAGCCUACUUGCACGCCGAAGCUUCCAUACCCAUAAUCCACAGAGAUGUCAAGUCAAGUAAUGUUCUUCUGGACGGUGAAUACAAGGCAAAAGUUUCAGAUUUCGGUGGUUCGAGGUUGAAUCCUACCGAUCAGGCUCAGUUAACUACAGUAGUUCAAGGUACUAUGGGAUACUUAGAUCCAGAAUACAUGCAAUCAAACCAACUAACAGAGAAAAGUGAUGUUUACAGCUUCGGUGUUCUUCUUGUGGAAUUGCUGACAGGUAAAGCAGUAAUUUCUUUUGCCAGACCUGAAGAAGAUAGAAAUCUGGGUAGUUAUUUCCUUUCUACCAUGAAAACCAACAGGUUGUUUACAAUUCUAGAUUCUAGUUUGGUACUGAAUGAUAAUGAACGAGUUAGUAGCGUGCAUGGCCACCAGCAGAUCCAACAAAUGGCUGAACUAGCACAAAAAUGCUUAAGAGUGAAGGGAGAAAAGAGACCUACGAUGAAAGAAGUAGCAAUGGCGUUACACGGAUUGAUCAUGAUGUCUUCUUCUAGUUGCCCUGAUGUCUUGGAGGAUGAGGAUUUAAUUAAUAUAAGCAAAGAAGAACGCAUGCUCCUUUCAGAAUCAGCAAAAUUAAUAUCCUACACAGAUAGCAUAUCAACAGUUGGUGAUACAAGCAGAGGCAUACUGGCCUUAGAAACUGAGGGGCGUUAAGGUAUCAUGCACAAUGAGAAGAAGUACGUACAUCCCUGUUUAGUAUCUUAAAGUUGUUCAUAGCCCAUAGGUAUACAAUAGAAUAAACUGCAUGAUGUUAUCGGCGUAUUAGAAUAACUUAGGGUUCAAGUAGCUAAUACAUUGUUAACUUCUGUAUCUGGUACAAAAACUCUGAAUGCUCAUUAGAUGAUCGGGGAUCCAAGACGAACAACAGAUGGACAUUGAUGAUGAGGCUAUAUUUGAAUCAAGAUAUAAUAAUAAUUGUAACUAAGUUUGUUGUUUUUUGUUUUCGUGGAUAGUAAAUUAAGUGUUAAAUUAUGCUUGGACUAUUUACUGUCACUGUUACAGAAAAAUAUAACAAAAAAUUGU